CCCACGUGACUUCCUCACACCCUCACUGCCAUGGCUUCCACCCCAAGCUACUUGUGAGCCAGCCACCAACCAUGGGCGAGCAGAGUCAGCGCAGGCCCAGCAGCACAGCCCAGAUCCCGAGAGAGCGGCCCGAGGAGGGCGAGGCCUGCCGCCGGGCCCCGACAUGGGCCCCCACUUCCUGCAGCUGCCCGAGGAGCUGCUCCUGCUCAUCCUCGCCUACCUGGACGGCCAGGCCCUGGGGCGGCUGGGGCAGGCCUGCCGGCGGCUGUGUGCCCUGGCCGGCAGGGAUGCCCUGUGGCGGAGGAUAGCCAGAAAGUGCCUUAACAGCGGCUUCCUGCAGCAGGGGACCGACGCGUUUCCUGGAAUUUCAGUGAAGGAAAGAGUACGGGUUUCACAAAACUGGAAAAAUGGACGUUGCCGACGCGAUAUACUUCUCAAAUGGAAACGCAAUUUAAUGCCGUGGCUGCAAAUCAGUGGUGAUAUAUUGUACCUAUCUCAGGCAGAAGAAAUCAGGGCAUACCAACUGCGCCCUAAUAACAAUGGCUUGCACAGAAGACCCUUUACUGUGUUUUUGGGCCACCAGGAAGAUGUGUGUCGAUUUGUUAUCAGCAAUUCUCAUGUCAUCAGUGGAGGAGGGGAUGGGAAGAUUGCCCUCCAUAAAAUUCACAGUCCUACCAGUAUCCUGUUCACAGCUCACGAGCAGGACGUGAACUGCGUUGAUGGCCGUGGAGGAAUUCUAGUGAGUGGCUCCAGGGAUCGUACCACACGGGUGUGGUCUCUAGCAUCUAACAGACUUGGGCAGUGCCUACACACCAUUCAGACGGAAGACCGAGUUUGGUCAAUUGCCAUUAAUCCUCUUUUAAGUUCCUUCGUUACCGGGACAGCUUGUUGCGGCCAUAUAUCACCACUCAGGAUUUGGGACUUACAGAGCGGACAGCUGAUGACCUGCCUUGGAACAGAUUUCAGAAGAGGUGCUGGGGUGCUGGAUGUCUGUUACGAGACCCCAAAUACUUUGUUAUCCUGUGGAUAUGACACAUAUAUAAGAUACUGGGACAUCAGAACUAGCACACGGCGGUGUGUGAAGGAGUGGGAAGAGCCUCAUGACAGUGCCCUGUACUGCAUGCAAAGUGAUGGGAACUACAUGAUAGCCAGUGGAUCUUCCUACUAUGGUGUUGUACGGUUGUGGGACAAAAGGAUGAACCACUGUUUACAAUCAUUUUCUUUGUCGUCUCCCACAAGUAGCCCUGUGUAUUGUCUCCGAUUCAGCACCACUCACCUGUACGCCGCCCUGGCUUCAUCACUGCACGUUCUGGACUUCAGCAACCCUGACUCUUGUUUCACCACCUUCUAGAAUAGACCUCUUACUACAAUGCCAGUAGGGUCACCACGGUACUCUGCAUAGAGAUAAAGGUCCGUUACUGCAAUGUUCAAUUGUUAUCUUCUUAAAAGAGCAAUUGUCAUGCAAGUGAUGGCCUCUCUAUAAACAUAACCUUUCAUCUCUGCAGUCUGCUAGCCAAAUUCUAAGCAAACAUAUAGAUAAACUGUUAUUUCAUAUUGAUAAUUGUAGCCUAUACCUAUAUGCCAUCAUCAAAUAUCAAUUAGAUAUAUGAACCCCUUUGCACAUUGUAUGAGGCUCACAUCACAAUCCCAUAAUGCUACUGGCAAGGCUAUUUACUAACGUGAGAAUUAAAAGUGAGUUUCAAAGUUAAGGAAAAAGUAACAUAGCUUAGAGAAUGUUACCAGUUCUGCUAUUAGGGCAUUACAUUUGCAAUUCACUUUAAAUUCUUACCUUAAUAAAUGGCCCUGUGAGUAUACAGAUUUUGUGAUUGGACUGCGAUCAUUGCAAGGGGCUGGUGACUGUUCAUAUUAAUUCUAUUGCUCUUCAGAUGGGGCAGUAUUUUCAGUAUAAAAUAUCCUGCCCAGUAUCCUUGAUCCUUAUGGCUCCAAGCCCUUUAUCAACACAGAUAAAGUGGGCAGGCUUGACGCAAGGGACAUGACAUAGUAAGUUUUAACUAUGUUUUCACAUUUUGCCAUUUUCUGACAACGCACCUGCUUUUUUGUAACUUUUGUACAAAGGAACUAAUUAUGCUAAAUGAAUGACAGUACCUAUGAACGUUACCUUACAUUGUAUUUAGAUUUGAACAUUUACCUUUCAUUCUCGGUUAUUUAAAUAACAACAUUUUAUUGCUGGCUGGCGAACAUGGUUCCCAUGACCAUACUUCAAGCUAAGGACCAUGAAAAUCAAAGUUGAUGAGCAGGUGGUAAGGAGCGAGUUACCUGCACCUGACAGAGACAGAUUUGCCUGUGAGCAGAAGCUUUUGGCCAAUACCCUGUGCCCAAUGUUUAAAGCCUUAAAAUACUACUGAAACAUCCAAUGUAUGGUGUACAAUAUUGAAUAAUAAACAUCAUUUCAUAUUAGAAUAUUUCUUUAAA